AUGCAUGGAGCAUGGGAACCAUUUCAUACGCUCGCCUUCAUCUUAAAGUCGUUUGAUGGUAUCCUUCUUGAUGAUGGUCUUGGAAUCGCAAAACAUGCCUAUUUGCUCGAUGGUGGGCAGCCAAGAAAGGAUGUUCCAUGGAUCAUCUCAGGUCCAUCAAGUGUUGUAACUGUUGAUCAGUACAUUUAUGCGGUCGGUGGCUAUGACUCUUGCAGCCAUUUGCGCAGCGUGGAGCGCUACAACCCUGAAUCAGACAGCUGGGAAUACUGCGCCCCCAUGAUUCACCCCAGAUCGGCUCUUGGCGCAGCUGUCGUGGACGGACGGAUAUGGGUCUUUGGUGAGUAUGAUCCGCUUUAUUCUCAAUGA